CCUUCAUUUUAUGAGCAAUCGUAACAGAUAAAAUUAUAGGAAUUUGACACGUUGAGUGGACACCUCAGACUGGAGAAGACAAGGAGGUCUUGCUUACGGGUCGGUGGCUAUAGCAACGCCUAUAAACGUCUUGGGCUUGGCCGCUAAGCUUCACAGGAUUCAGGGGUAACGUAGGUCAACUAUCUGCCAGCCGACUCGAACCACGCGACUUCAACGUCCCGUUUGACAGUCGAGCUCGCACUUGGGUAUCUUUGCGUUGAUGAAACCUCAGUCCUCCAUGGCUUCAAUAACUUCUGACGCCAAUGGGUAUGGGAAUGGCAAAAGGCUGGGUAUUACUGUGUUCUCGGGAGGCACGGCGGCCAAUAGCCUUGUAGAUGUCUUUUCCAAAAUUGUGGAAAAGCGACGGUGCCAGCUGAACUACGUCAUUCCCAUCAGCGACAACGGCGGCAGUUCGUCUGAGUUGAUUCGCUUUGUCGGGGGGCCGAGUGUUGGCGAUAUUCGGAGUCGCCUGGUCCGGCUCAUCCCCAACCAUGAGGACGACAAGGAGAUGUCGGCGCUCAAGGCGCUGUUUGAGCACCGGCUCGACUCGGACCCCCUGAAGUCUCGCUCCGAGUGGCUCGACAUUGUUGAGUCGCGGUCGCUGCUCUGGGGCUUCAUCUCGAGCCCCAAGAGGGAGCUGAUCCGCUCCGUCUUGAACACGCUCAACCUGGAAAUUGUCAAGAGAGCCCGGCCGCCAAACGUCUUUAACUUUGCCAGUGCCAGCGUCGGCAACAUGUUCCUCGCCGGCGCCCGCAUCUUCACAGGCUCCUUCGAGUCCGCAAUUUACCUCCUCUCCAUGAUCUGCUCCAUCCCUCCGCACAUCUCGGUCCUACCGGCCAUCAACUCCAACUUCACGCACCACAUCUCGGCCGGCCUGCGCGACGGCAGCACCAUCGCAGGGCAAGUCGCCAUCUCGCACCCGUCGGCGCCCACGGCGCUGCCCGACGACCCCGAGAUCGCGCCCGCCCUCACGGCCGCCGACCACGACCGCAUCGAGGACGCCAACCUGCCUGGUUCCCUGCCGGCCCUCCGCCGCCCCAACAUCGCCUUCAGCAAGGACGACGACAACGAGGACCUGCCCGCCCGCAUCGAGCGCCUGUGGUACAUCAACCCGUACGGCCACGAGAUCGCCCCGACGGCCAACCCAAAGGUCGUCGACGCGCUGGCGCGUAGCGAUACCGUCGUCUACAGCAUCGGCAGUCUGUACACGAGCAUCAUCCCGAGUUUGGUGCUGCGGAAAGUGGGGCAGGCGAUUGGCGGCGGCGGCGGGGAUGAGGAGGGGAACAUCAAAAAGAAGGUGUUGAUUUUGAAUAGCAGCAUCGAUCGUGAGACGGGACCGAGGUGGGAUCCGAUGACGGCCAAGGAUUUUGUGAGCGCCAUCGCGAGGGCUUGUGUCGAGAGUCGUGUGCCGGAGAUGGUCGGGAGAGAGGAGGUGCUGCGGAGCUAUGUCACGCAUCUGAUGUAUCUGGAUCCUGAUGUCGGGAAGGGGGGGAAAGGGCGGUGGCCGGUUGUGGAUGUGCAGGAGCUCGAGAGGCUGGGGAUCGUGUGUGUCAAGGUUGCUGGGCGGGUCACGGAGAAGGGCGGUGUGAGGUAUGAUGAGGCGGCGUUGGGAGAGGCGCUGGAGUGGAUCAUUGGUUCGUGAGGGCCUGCUGUGGUGCUGUUGGGGAAUGUAUGUGUUUGGUGACUUGGUGUUUGGGUGGUUUUGCGACGUUGCAAUUGUAUUACUAUACACCUAGACGAACUACAGUGUAAGGGAUCUGAUGGCUCUUCGUCCACAGCGGGACAAUAAG